AAGAUAUCCUCUUUAUAUAUUAAUAUAGACAAGAUAAUAUUCUUUCAGGAAAAAAUACAUUAAAUAAUAACCGAUGAUAAAUAACUUCAUGCAAAAAAUGUAAAAGAUGUCGUUAUUCGUUUCGUGCAAUGUAAAACGAUUUUAAAUAAUCUCCCUCUUUUUUCGAGAUUGCUACUAAAUUUAAACAAAUAACAGUCGCAUUGAUUACAAGUUAAGAGAGGCAUGUUGGACCUUGUAUAUAGUUUCAGAUUCAGGUUUAGAUGUCAAUCACUGAUUUGGAAAACUCCAUUGAACGGUUAUUAUGGGAUUCAGAAGCAAGGGAGGUCCACGAACCUUGUCAUGCAAAUCUCAAGCAAAAAAAAAAAACAAGAAGAAAUUUUUUUUAAAAUAUUUUUAUCAUUCAUAUCCCAUGUUUCAUUUCAUUUUAAUGCCUUAUACGUACACAUGCAGAUUGCUUCGCUGUGUCUCCUCAGUAUUCAUAUUCGCAGUGGCAGGGAAAUACAUUACCAUCAAUGAUUUGCUGAGGAUCAACCCUUGUUACUUAUCCAAAAAGAGAAAAGAAAAAUAUGUGGGGUGCUAAGAAGAGUGAUAAUUAUAAGGGUGAGUGAGCAUAUAUGGAGUUUCCAGAGAGAGGAGAUUUAAGAAGAAUGCAGAGAGAGCAAGAGAGGGAGAGGAGGCGCAUCCGUGACAGGCAGAGGAGACAAUCAAUGACUCAAGAACAAAGGGAAAGACAUCUUGCAAGACGCCGCAGAAACUAUCAGCUAAGAAGACAGAGAGCUGCAAAUGCUCAUGCUCCAUAUACUCCUUUUCCACAUCUUCAACCUCUAGAAUCAAGUGCAGGUGAAGCUAGUACUAGUGAUGAGUUUCAAGGUGUCACUUCUACCUUUCUAGACUAUGGAGUCCUCUCCCAAGGCAUUGUUUUCCCUCAUCAUGGCCUCAACCAAGGACAAGAAACAUUAAAUUUUGGAGCCAAAGUUGGUGAAGUAGGAUCAUCAGUUCCCUUGGAAACUCUAGUUUAUAAACCAGCAAAUUCAACGCGGAGGAUGCGUCUGAAUCAUAUUAAAUGUCUUGCGAGAAGCCUGACACAUUCGAUAGUUGACCCUGCUGGUACUCACCAGGUUGCAGCAGAGUUGAUAGCUAAGGAACAACAAGAUGUCUCAAUUGGUAAUUUUGGUAGCACAACAAAAUCAUUGCGUUUGAAUUGUGUGAAACGCCUUGCCAGAUCAAAAACUUCUCCCAUAGAGAGUGCAGGUCAAAAGGACCUUAAAUUGCAACCAGAAGAGAUUCAAUUACUAGGAAAUGAGAGCUUCAUAGCCUCUAGCUAACUUUCUGAGAUAAAAGCAAAUAGUGAACUCAAAGGUAAAAGUUUAUCAUUUCCUUUGAGGAGAGAAUGCGGUAGCAAUUCUCAGUUGACACUAACAUAUUCUUAUUUAAUAAAUCAUACACACAAAGUUGACAUUGGAAGGAAUUGACUGCAGCAUGGUGGAGAGAAUAGUGAUAAUCAACGUCAUUCUUUUAUAUUUUAUUGGUCUAGCUGGUAGAUGGUGAUAGAUCUUGGUAGACUGAUUUUUUCUUUUUCUUUACAUGUUAGUAUAAUAUUGGAUAAGUAUAUGAUGAAUUGCUUUCUUUGUAUUUUCUUUUUACUUUUCCUUUUUCAUAAAGUUGAGAUUGAUUCGAAUUCUCGUGUUCACGGUGAAGAAUUUCACCAAUUGAACAAAUUAACA